AUGUUGCAUGCAUGCCUCGAUAUCAAAGCUAUCAUGUUAGGAAAAUACCACUAUGUUCUCUACUUCCUCAUUUUGGCAAUGCAGCCAAGAAUGUUGUGGAUUGUGGAUGAGAACAUAAAGCCUCUAUCACUGUGUGUUUGUGUUGGCCAAGCAGUAAAUGUUGUUGGACAAGCAGGUCAUCCUAAAACAAUCACGGGCUUUCAGACCCACUACACCCCUGUUCUCCUCUCUGCUGGGGACAAGGCAAAGCUGGCAACGGAAAAAUACCUUCCCCUGUCACCAAUUCUUGAAGGUUUUGUAAAUUUGAAGGAGAAUCCAGAUUACACGAAAGAGUGAGAGGAUCGACCAUGGUGAUGCCUUUUUCU